UGGAUAUAGUGCGGCAAGGAGCGGAGCUUGCAGUCACUUUGCGAGGAGGAGCGCGCGGGCUGCGGGCGGCUGGGGCACCCCGGGAGCGGCGGCGGUCUAGCAGAGGUGGCCGUGGCAGCGGAAGGUUCUCUCUCCAGGGCUGGACUUAAUAACUUUGGAACUGUCCACCAGUGUCACGUCCUGAACAUGAGCCUCCUCCUCUCCUUCUACCUGCUCGGGUUGCUUGUCAGUAGCGGGCAAGCUCUUCUUCAAGUGACAAUUUCACUUAGCAAAGUAGAGCUUAGUGUGGGCGAAUCUAAAUUCUUCACAUGCACAGCAAUUGGUGAACCUGAGAGUAUAGAUUGGUAUAACCCUCAAGGAGAGAAGAUCAUUUCAACCCAGAGGGUGGUGGUCCAGAAGGAAGGUGUUAGGUCAAGAUUAACCAUCUACAAUGCAAACAUAGAAGAUGCAGGGAUAUAUCGCUGUCAAGCAGCAGAUGCCAAAGGACAGACACAGGAAGCUACGGUAGUUUUGGAAAUUUACCAAAAACUCACUUUCAGAGAAGUGGUAUCUCCUCAAGAAUUCAAGCAAGGGGAGGAUGCAGAAGUCGUCUGCCGAGUUAGCAGUUCACCUGCACCUGCUGUCACCUGGUUGUAUCAUAAUGAGGAAGUCACCGCUAUUUCCGACAGUCGGUUUGCUAUGUUAGCUAACAAUAAUUUGCAGAUUCUCAACAUCAAUAAAAGUGAUGAAGGUAUAUAUAGAUGUGAAGGAAGAGUGGAAGCUAGGGGAGAAAUUGACUUCCGUGAUAUCAUCGUUAUUGUUAAUGUGCCACCAGCAAUCACAAUGCCUCAGAAAUCAUUUAAUGCCACAGCAGAGAGAGGAGAAGAGAUGACAUUGUCCUGCAGAGCUUCAGGCUCCCCAGAACCCACCAUCUCCUGGUCCAGGAAUGGCAAGCUCAUUGAAGAAAAUGAAAAGUACCUUUUGAAAGGAAGCAAUACAGAACUCACUGUCAGGAACAUAAUCAAUAGUGAUGGAGGACCUUAUGUCUGCCGGGCCACAAAUAAGGCAGGAGAAGAUGAAAAGCAAGCAUUCCUCCAAGUCUUUGUACAGCCUCACAUAAUACAGCUUAAAAAUGAGACUACAUAUGAGAAUGGUCAUGUCACACUCAUCUGUGAAGCAGAAGGGGAGCCUGUCCCAGAAAUUACAUGGAAAAGGGCUGUGGAUGGCAUCACAUUUUCUGAAGGCGAUAAGAGCCCAGACGGCCGCAUCGAAGUCAAAGGGCAACACGGAAGCUCAUCACUGCAUAUUAAAGAUGUAAAGCUGUCAGAUUCAGGGAGGUACGACUGUGAAGCAGCCAGUAGAAUUGGAGGACAUCAAAAGAGCAUGUACCUUGAUAUUGAAUAUGCUCCGAAGUUUAUAUCAAACCAAACGAUUUAUUACUCUUGGGAAGGAAAUCCAAUCAAUAUAAGUUGUGAUGUGAACUCAAAUCCACCAGCAUCAAUCCAUUGGCGGAAAGAGAAGUUAGUCUUACCGGCUAGAAAUACUACUAAUUUAAAGACCUAUAGUGCAGGAAGAAAGAUGAUCUUAGAGAUUGCACCUACAUCAGAUAAUGACUUUGGAAGAUACAACUGCACAGCCACUAACCGUAUAGGAACCAGAUUUCAAGAAUAUAUUCUUGCUUUAGCUGACGUGCCAUCCAGUCCCUAUGGAGUGAAGAUUAUAGAGCUGUCACAGACCACAGCCAAACUUUCUUUCAGCAAGCCGGACUCCCAUGGAGGUGUGCCUAUUCAUCACUAUCAAGUGGAUGUCAAGGAAGUGGCAUCAGAAACCUGGAAAAUAGUACGCUCCCAUGGAGUUCAAACAAUGGUUGUUUUGAGCAACCUGGAACCAAAUACAACUUAUGAAAUCAGGGUUGCAGCUGUAAAUGGAAAAGGUCAAGGAGAUUACAGUAAAAUAGAAAUCUUCCAGACAUUGCCAGUUCGUGAACCAAGUCCUCCAUCCAUACAUGGACAGCCAAGCAGUGGGAAGAGUUUUAAACUCAGCAUCACCAAGCAGGAUGAUGGAGGGGCCCCUAUUUUGGAAUACAUUGUGAAAUAUAGAAGUAAAGAUAAGGAAGACCAGUGGCUAGAGAAGAAAGUGCAAGGAAAUAAAGAUCACAUUAUUUUGGAGCAUCUACAGUGGACAAUGGGGUAUGAAGUUCAAAUUACAGCUGCCAACAGAUUAGGAUAUUCUGAACCAACAGUUUAUGAGUUCAGCAUGCCACCAAAACCCAACAUUAUUAAAGACACACUGUUUAAUGGUCUUGGACUUGGAGCGGUCAUUGGCCUGGGAGUUGCGGCACUUUUGCUAAUACUUGUGGUAACAGACGUCAGCUGCUUCUUUAUUCGACAAUGUGGGUUACUGAUGUGCAUCACCAGGAGAAUGUGUGGGAAGAAAAGUGGCUCCAGUGGCAAAAGUAAAGAACUGGAAGAAGGAAAAGCUGCAUAUCUGAAAGAUGGAUCAAAAGAACCAAUAGUGGAGAUGAGAACAGAAGAUGAAAGAAUUACCAAUCAUGAAGAUGGGAGCCCAGUAAAUGAGCCAAAUGAAACCACACCACUAACAGAACCUGAAAAAUUACCAUUAAAAGAAGAAAAUGGGAAAGAAGUCCUAAAUCCAGAAACUAUAGAAAUUAAAGUUUCUAAUGACAUCAUUCAAUCAAAAGAAGAUGACAGCAAAGCGUAACCGUAUUACCGCGACUUGAUGCACACUACAAAGAGCAUUUGGAUUGCAGUGACCCUAUGACCAAAACUAUUCCAUUGACCUUAAUUUCUUGGGAAAAUUCUAGCUUGGAAUAGCUUGUACACAUAUACAUAUGAUCAGAUACUCCUGCCCAUGGUCCAUUUCCUUCUGUUGUUGUUGUCGUGAUUGUUCAUUUUGUUAAGAAUUUCAGUAUAGAGACUUGAUUGACACCAACUCUUGGGUAUCAAUUUGAUUCUAUGAUUGAAAUACUGCAAUUUAUUAUAUGGCUAAAGUGCUCUAUUUCUUAAGAACUUUGUCUUACCUACACCAACAAACAUAUUCCAAACUCUCUUGCAAAUUAGGGUGUAAUGAAAAUCAAAAGAAAACAAAAGCUUUGUGAGCUAAAUGUGUAAGAAAGCCCUGCAUGUUUAUGAAAAUUUUCUUGGGCAAAUGGAUUUAUAAAGUGGCUUUCAGCUGAAGAUGAAGGCACGUAAUAGAGGUUACACUUUUUAUCAGGGGAACUUCAGGGAAGCCAGGCUUAAAGGAGCCAAUAAUCUUUAGCAGAUAUUAAAAGUUGAGGAAACUUUGGAGAAAACUUUCAAUUUAUGAUUACAGUACAUUUUCAACACUGAUUUUUGAUAGAUUGAAGUAUCAAAUCAAAAUUGUUACCCAUUUGAACGAAUAUUAGUUGUGUGCAAAAUUAGAUUAAAAAGACUCCCUGAAUCUGUGUCUUUAUAUGCCAUAUUCACUCACAAUGGAUUACACAGAAAGUAAAUGUACUACAAGUGAAAAUAAUAUUGAUUUUUGCCCUCAGCUUCAAAUAAAAUAAAUUGAAAUGGGAACAAUAUAAAUAUGUUGUCUUUCUUAAAGUUUUAGGUCCUUCAAUGAAUGAAAUUGGGUAAUGGAAAUUAAACUAAGUUUAGUUGAAGAGAAGUUAUUUAACAUUUAAAUGUGCCAUAAAGUGUCAGUGAUCAACAGUUGUAUUGCCACUGUGUUUUUAUGCUGAAUGUUGUAGCUAGAGUUCAUCUUAAGAUUUUGAUAAAAAAAUUUUGGUUGACAAACUCCCUUAAUUAUUCACCAUAAACUUUCUAGUAUCACUUGGUAGUACCAGAAUAAAAUACUAAUUAACUUCCAAGCUAUGCAAGCUCCCAGAGGUAAAAGUCUAAAACACGAUUUAACUUAUAUAUAAGGAAAAAUGUAUUACUAUAAAUAUACAUAACCGUUGGGAGCAGGUUUUAGAUGAUUUCUUAAGUUAAUCAACCAAAGGUUUUUUUGGGCCCCAUCACAUUCAUUACCUUUGGUUUUUCAGGUGUGAACUGAAUAGCUCAACUAUUGCCUGAUAUGAGAACAUAUUCCAAUAGAACAUUGGAGAAAAUUUUAACAAUGAAGAGGGACCCACAUUAAGAAUAUCUCUUUAUAGAGAUAAUUUCAUGAAUAUUAAAUAUAAUAUUAGUGCCACUCAUGAAUAUUUUUAUUUGCAAAGUGCUUGAAACUGUCAACCAAGGAGAGACAAGUAAGUAAUUUUAUACUAUUCCUCACUUUGCUGGCUGAUAGCAGGACAGAAUAUGCCCAUCUGCAUGUUAAGGCAUUGCCAUAAAAUGUGGGGUUAUUAUGCAGGAAUCUCUCCUUGAUACCUGUUCUGACAUAAACUGAUAAAACAGAGAUUAUCCAACCAGUUUUUGACAGAUUGAUGGUUGGUGUUUACCUUUGUCUGAUCAUUGGUUUUGUUUAUUUUGCUGUGUUUUAUUUUGUUCCAAUGUGCUGAAACUAGUCAAAAUACUUGAAUUAGUUUGUUUGUGCAAAAUGACAAGCUUAGUAAAAUGUUUAUGAAGCAAUAGCCAUGAGUGCUGAAUUUUCAUGGAUAGGGCCACACAAUUUCACACUAAGGAUACAGAAAGAAUUCCAUGAUGGAGAAAACAAUUUUGCAUGUUCACUGUUAUGUUUGUGCUACACUGCAAGAACAGAGAAAUCAUAAUAAAGAGCAAAAUAUUUUUGUGUUUUCUCAAUUUGAAAGUUCUGUUUUCUCAUUUCUUUGGACUUUCCAUGUAAAGCAAUUGAAGUACAUAUUUCUUUCUUGCUGUUAAAUUUCUUGCCACUCAUGUGGAAAAAUUAUCUGAAAUUAAUUCAUAGAUAAUUUGGAAAUAAUUGUAAACAGACUGUUUCAAGUGCACUAUUUCAGUUGUCUGAAUGAUCCUUACCUCUUGUCCUUGAAAUCCAUGCCAUGCAGAAAUAAGGUAUUACUGUGAAAAAGUUUUACUUUUUUGACAUUUCAAUGGAAUGCUCUGAGUUACAUUAAUUGUAAGUUUCCAAGUAAGAAAUGGCUUGUAGUAAAUUGCAAAAUAGGAGUAGAACUGAAAUAACCUAUUUCUUAUUUUUCAUUCUUAUUCUAUACUAAAUACAUUCAUAUAACUGUGCAUAUGUUAUUUUUAUUGUCUGGAGUACUCUUAAAUGUUCGCAUAAAAUGUUGAGUUGAUUGAAUAUACAUACUGUUAAGAUAUCUGAAUCCUAUGCUAUUUUAAGCCAAGAAGCAAAAAUAUAACUGAAAACACUGAUAUUUCUAAAUAGGUUAUAUUCAUUUAAAUAAUGACAACCUAUAGAAGGAAACAGUAAUAUCAGAAUUUUAAUAAAUAUUUUGUUUAAAAAUUGACACAGGUUAGUGUGUCAACUUGUUUAACAAUGAUUUGCAAAUGAAUUUAAUUAGAAAUUGUGAUUUUUACAGAUUUAUUUAUUAUUUUUGUGAGAUAAGACAUAUUGCCAUCCUAUUAAUACUAAAAUCUAACAAUGUACUGUCUGUGUUUUCUUUUAUUUUUAAUAUUAAUACCUACAAAGGCAUUUU